AUGGCAGCUGCAGUGUCCCAGGGAGGCGCUGCCCCCACUACCUUCAAGGACAAGGAGAAGCCUAUGGCCGUGCGAUCAUCCAACAUUCUCGCUGCUCGAGCUGUCGCCGAUGCCAUUCGAACUUCUUUGGGACCCAGGGGUAUGGAUAAGAUGAUCCAAACCGCCAAGGGAAACACCAUUAUCACCAACGAUGGCAACACUAUGCUGAAGGAUAUGAGCGUCAUGCACCCCGCUGCUCGUAUGCUGGUUGACCUCAGUGCUGCACAGGAUGUCGAGGCUGGUGAUGGUACAACCUCCGUCGUUGUCAUUGCUGGCAGCCUUCUCGGUGCUGCUGAUCGCCUGCUGUCCAAGGGCGUUCACCCCACCGUCAUCUCCGAGUCCUUCCAGCGCGCUGCCAACGCCGCUGUCGAGAUCCUCCACAACAUGUCCCGUCCUAUUAACCUGACCGACCGCGCUACUCUCAUCCAAGCCGCCUCUACCUCCCUCUCCUCCAAGAUUGUUUCCCAGCACUCCGGUCUUCUGGGCCCUAUGGCCGUGGACUCCGUCUUGAAGGUUAUCGACCCCAAGACCGCCGAGAACGUUGACCUGCGCAACAUCCGUAUCGUGAAGAAGGUUGGAGGUACCAUUGAAGAUAGUGAGAUGAUCGAAGGCCUGGUCUUGAACCAGCCCGUCAUCAAGAACAGCGGUGGCCCGACAAGAAUUGAGAAGGCCCGGAUAGGUCUCAUCCAGUUCCAGCUCAGCCCUCCCAAGCCUGAUAUGGAGAACCAAAUCGUCGUCAACGACUACCGCCAGAUGGACAAGAUCCUGAAGGAGGAGCGCCAGUAUCUGCUCAACAUGGUCAAGAAGAUCCAAAAGACCAAGUGUAACGUGCUUCUGAUUCAGAAGUCGAUCCUCCGCGACGCCGUUAACGAACUCUCCCUGCACUUCCUUUCUCGCCUUAAGAUCCUCGCCAUCAAGGACAUCGAGCGCGAUGAGGUCGAGUUCCUGUGCAAGUCUCUCGGCUGCAAGCCCGUUGCCAACGUCGACAGCUUCACCGAGGACAAGCUUGGUACUGCUGACCUUAUCGAGGAGGUUCAGUCUUCCGGUGCCCGUUACGUCAAGAUCACUGGUAUCAAGGCCCCCGUCAACCCUGUCAGCCAGACCGUCUCCAUCGUCGCCCGCGGUGCCAACCGCCUGAUUCUCGAUGAGGCCGAGCGUUCCCUCCACGAUGCCCUCUGUGUCAUCCGUUGUCUCGUCAAGAAGCGCGCCAUGAUUGCUGGUGGUGGUGCUCCCGAGGUCCAGGUUGCUCACACCCUUGCCAUGCGUGCCCGUGAGCUCACUGGCACCGAAGCCAUUUGCUGGAAGGCGUUCGCGGAUGCCAUGGAGGUCAUCCCCACCACUCUGGCGGAGAACGCUGGUCUGAACUCGAUCAAGGUUGUCACCGAGCUGCGCCACCGUCACGCACAAGGCCAGUACAAUGCUGGUGUCAGCAUCCGCAGCGGCGGUGUCAAGGAUGAUAUCACGGAGGAGAACAUUCUGCAGCCUCUGUUGGUCAGCACCAGCGCGAUUGAGCUGGCUGCGGAGACCGUGAAGAUGAUCUUGAGAAUUGACGACAUUGCUCUGUCGCGGUAG